AUGCAAGAAUUGAAUGGGGGGAGGGGAGGCCCCCAUGACCCCCCCUGGAUCCGCCCUUGUCCUCCAUCAUCUGUUUUUAGUCAUGGGGACAUCUCAGCGCAACUAUCCGACGACUACAUCAGCAAAGUGUUAAGUUGGGCACUGACAAGAAUCCAGAAUCUUCCAGAGCUGUUUUCGCCGGGUUUAGCCUUCAUCUGGACCAUACCAGAGUCGUACAAUGUGGAUCAAAAUAUCUUCAGCGCUCUUCCAAGUCUCAAGCAACAGUUGAGCAGCACUUCUGAGUUUAACAAGGAAAAAUUAAAUGUGCUUUUGAAGCAGACCAGCAAAGAGCACAACUUGAAGUAUGGACUUUUUAUGAAGAGCCUCAGAAAGAUUUUGAGUGGAUUACAGGAAGGGCCCGGUAUAGCUGAGAUGAUGGAGAUCCUGGGCAAAGAGAACACGAUCAGACGGUUGGACUUGUGUUUGAAUAAAAGCCUUACUUAAGAUAA